UCCACAUACAAAACCCCACCGCCACCAUGUCCAAGCCAAGCAUCCUCUUCGUCCUGACUUCGCACAACCAGCUGGGCGACACGGGCAAGCCCACGGGCUGGUAUCUCCCCGAGCUGGCGCACCCCUACCACGUCCUGCGCAACAAGGCCAACAUCACCGUGGCCUCGCCCAAGGGCGGCGAGGCGCCGCUUGACCCCUCGUCGGUCGAGGCGGCCAAGGACGACGUCUCGGUCGACUUCCUCAAAAACGACGAAAAGGUGUGGAAGACGACGCAGAAGCUGGGCGACUUUGUCGGCAAGGCAAACGACUUUGACGCCAUCUUCUACGUGGGCGGCCACGGGCCCAUGUUCGACCUGGCCGACGACGCCACGUCGCAGCAGCUCAUCAAGGAGUUCUGGGAGGCGGGCAAGAUUGUCUCGGCCGUGUGCCACGCGCCCGCCGUGCUGUACAAUGUCAAGCUGAGCGACGGCAGCCUGCUCGUCGCCGGCAAGGAGGUGACGGCCUUUACCAACACCGAGGAGGAGCAGGUCGGCCUGACCAAGGCGGUGCCCUUCUUGCCCGAGGACGCGCUGCAGAAGGCCAGCGGGGGAAAGUUUGUCAAGGCCGACCAGCCCUGGGGCGAAAAGGUCGUCGUGUCUGGAAAGCUGAUCACGGGCCAGAACCCGGCGAGCGCGACGGGCGUUGGAGAGGCGCUCGCCAAGGCCCUGAGCAUCUGAAAAAUACCCAUGGCAAAGUAAUGUAUCUAAUCUAUGUAAAACAACGACUCGAGCCGAAACACAGCACGUUAAAAUCACUCAUAAAACAAAC